AAGAGAAGUAGAAGAGCAGCAGGUAGAAGAAGGAGCCAACUUCUUUCUUUGUGUCUGCAGCGCCAUGCAGGUCUACGUGCGCGUGCAUGACGCCGACUACGAGUGGGCACGUGGACGUGUACUGCGCCGCCUCGAGAGCGACGCCUCUAAGCUGCUCGUGCAGCUCCAAGACAAUGACGCAACAAUUGAAGCGGACGAAGCUCACGAUGUCCGUAUGGCGAAUGAACUAGCAGCCGGACAGACACUCGCGGACGUAGAGAACCUGGACGCACUCACGCAUUUACAUGAACCGGCGUUUGUCGACUAUUUAGCGCAGCGUUACGGCGUCGACCAGGUGUAUUGUCGCUCUGGCGCUGUGCUCAUCGCUGUGAACCCGUUCAAGCACAUCACAGGGCUCUACGAUCUACACAAAUACCACGAGGAAAUGCCCAACUGGACUGCACUACCGCCGCAUGUAUUCUCCAUAGCUGAAGGAGCCUAUCGGUCACUACGACGACGUCUACAUGAGCCUGGAGCGAGUAAAACGAACCAGACGAUUCUUGUGAGUGGAGAGAGCGGAGCAGGCAAGACGGAAACCACUAAAUUCAUCAUGAACUACCUAGCAGAGAGCGCUCAGCACACAACAGCCACGUCAAGCAGCAAGAAGAGACGCGCGAUCAGCGGCAGCGAACUUCUGAGUGCCAAUCCGAUCCUAGAGAGCUUCGGCAACGCCAGAACUCUGAGAAAUAAUAACAGUAGUCGUUUCGGCAAGUUUGUGCGUAUGUUCUUUGAAGGCCACGAGCUGGAGACGUCGUUAAAGAUGAUCGGGACGUCUGUGGAGACGUACCUACUGGAAAAAGUGCGCGUGGUGCAUCAGAACGACGGAGAGCGGAAUUUCCACGUGUUUUACGAACUCUUAGCAGGUGCAAACGACGAGAUGAAGAGGGAAUUGCAGCUCGCGGGUCUGUCAGCGCAGGAUUUCCAGUUCAUAAACGGUGGUCGCUGUUUCCAGAGGAAUGACGGCGUACGGGACGAUACGCAGUUCCAGUUGGUGCUACAGUCCAUGGACGUUCUGGGCUUUACGGACGUGGAACAAGGAGCGAUCUGGAAGAUUCUGAGUGCGUUGCUACAUCUCGGAAACGUGCUCUUCGCUGCCUCGCGUGAGGACGAAGGCGAGGAAGACAACGGAGCGGCGUCGGCGCCGUGUCGCUUGGCGUCUGCGUCGCCGUCUUCGCUUACAGUUCAAGAGCAUUUAGAUAUUGUCUCCAAGUUAUUUGCAGUGGACCAGAAGGAGCUGGUGUCAGCGUUGACUACGCGGAAGAUCAGCGUCGGGGGCGAGACUUUCCAUUCGAAUCUGAGUCUCGCGCAGUGCGGAGACGCGCGAGACGCCAUGGCGCGCUCGUUGUAUGCGUUUGUGUUCCAGUUUCUGGUCUCGAAAGUUAACUCCGCGUCACCACGAGCUCAACAGGCGCUGAAUCCUGCGAAUAAAGCAGCGAACAAGGACACAACGCCGUGUAUCGCAGUGCUGGACAUCUUCGGCUUUGAGGAGUUUGAAGUGAAUCAGUUCGAGCAGUUCUGCAUCAAUUACGCCAACGAGAAGCUGCAGUAUCAGUUUAUACAGGAUAUCUUACUCACCGAGCAGCAGGCGCAUAUCGAGGAAGGCAUCACGUGGAACGCAGUGGAGUACGACGAUAAUGCCGUGUGUUUGGAGAUGCUGGAGCAACGUCCGAGUGGCAUUUUCCCGCUAUUGGACGAAGAGUGCGUCGUCCCCAAGGGAAGCGACGCUGGGUUUGCGAGGAAAUUGUAUCAACGACUGCAGGAGCACAGCAACUUCAGUGCUUCUCGCACUGACCAAGCGGACGUUGCGUUCCACAUUCACCAUUACGCGGGGAGAGUACGGUAUCAAGUGGAAGGAUUCUGCGAGAAGAACAAGGACCAGCCCAACGCAGAGCUGUUUGGGGUGCUGGGGAAGACUAGCGACGCGCAUCUGCGAGAGUUGUUCGAGUUCUUUAAAGCCAGCGAGUCGGCGGAACUGAGUCUUGGGCAGCCGAAGCUGAGACGACGCUCGUCGGUGCUCAGUGCGGUGGGUAUUGGCUCUCAGUUCAAGCAGCAACUGGCAAGUCUGUUGGAUGUGGUGCAGCAGACACAGACGCACUAUAUCCGAUGCAUCAAGCCCAACGACGAGAGUGCAAGUGGCCAGUUUGAUAAGGCUAAAGUGUCGAGUCAAUUGCGGUACGGAGGCGUAUUGAAAGCGGUGGAGAUUAUGCGUCAAUCGUUCCCUGUUCGCAUGCGUCACGUCGAUUUCGUCAAGCAGUAUCGUCUUCUGGCGACUACGAAGACGGAUUGGAGUGCUGGGGAGCUGAUCGAAACGCUGAGAGUCGACCAAGCUGAGCUGGGUAACGCGCGCGUGUUUCUGCGCCAGCAAGCGUUUGACCGACUGGAGAAACGGCGGGAACGAGUCAUAGUGGACUCGGCAGUAACGUUACAGAGCUCGUGGCGUGGCAGACGGCAGCGAUGUGUGUAUAUUAGACAAAUACAGGUGCUGUGGAGUGUCCAAGUGCGAUGGAAAGCCAUUUUGGAGAAGAAACGACGACGCGCUAGACGGGAGAAAGCAGCGAGAGUGAUUCAGCGCGCAAUGAGCUGCUGGACGCUGGCGAUGAAGCUGCGACGACAGCAAAGCGCUGUACAGAUUCAAGUGGCCUUCCGGAGAUGGCACCAAGCGCGUGCUGCAAGAGCAGCUGAAGCUUCUGUAAAACCCUCGAGUCAAGAGGACAAGUCGGAGGACCCAGUGGGUUACAAUGGUCGAGAAAGCGAACUUACGAUUGAAACAGUGGAAGAAGACGACGUGCUUUCCACCGCAACUGCCUCAGUCGGAACAAGUGCGUACUCGGAGGACGUCGAGUAUUCGCCGUUAGAUGCCGUGAGAAGAGCUACUCUUCGAGGACGCAUGAGGGAGCUUGGUGAUGCAUCAGACAGUGAGAAUGCGAUGCUGAAGAAGGCACUCAAGGAGGUGGAGCGGCUGCGUCGUAGAGCUGAAGCUGCUGAAGCUGCGCUGUCACAUUUUGCUAGGCGAGAGGUCGAUAUCUCGAGUGACGCGUUGUCAAUUGUUACGACCAGAGCUGCAGGUGGACCGCUGCAUUAUGGAGGCGCGAGAGGUGACUUCUCGUUGUGGAGACAGCUGAAUACGUCGAGUCUGAGGAUUGAUCGAUACGGCAACACGGUGCUGCAUCAGGCUGUGGAGAGUGGCAAUGUGGAGCUCGCGUGUGCGCUUCUUGUGAGUGAGGCGAGUGGCGCACUCGAUAUGCUGCAACACGCAGAGACACAGCGCGGAUUCUCUCCACUGCAUCUUGCUGUUCGCGGAGGCAACUUUGAGAUGGUGAGUCUGUUCUUCCGGCCGGAAGUAUUGCCACAUCUCGACUUGAAUUUCAGCGAUCGUGAGGGGAACACAGCGCUGCAUCUGGCUACUCAACUCCAGGUGCAGAUUGCGUCGCGUGUACUGGAGCUGCUGCUUUGCUUCGGUGCUGACGCCAACGCAGUGAACUUUGUGAAACAGACCCCUCUGCACUUGUGCUCCAUGAUCAAACGCAGUGGAUCUGCGACGUGUGAGAUCAUGGAAACGUUGCUACGACACAAGGCAGACCCACAGAAAGUGGACUUCCUUAAGCGCUCGCCACUGCAUUAUUGCAUGGAGAAAGGCAUGUACGGUACUUGUGCACUACAGUCGAGAGUCGUGUUGCUUACUUGGUUUGUGCGUUGUCGAUAGAAAUGGAGGACGAGGCUGUGCUGUUGAUGAAGCAUGGAGCAGACAUGAACCAGCCCGAUGGAGAGGGGGUACGCGUGGUUACGAACCCCAAAGCCACUGGUGUAAGUGGAUUGAUGUGUAUAAGUUGUUUGUAUCGAGUGGACGUUAACUGUUGCUGUUGCCUUUGCAGCUCCUGCGGUAUCUACGCGUGACGCCGUCGUGGAUUCCCGACACCGACGUUACCGAGUGCAUGGUCUGUCUGGAGCCGUUCCCGUUCUUUUUCUCGCGCAAGUGCCACUGCGAUCGCUGUGGUCGCGUCUGUUGUUCGGACUGCGCGCCGUCGAGUUCGUCCUGGAACGGCCGCUUCUGCUUCGACUGCAAGCACUACGCACACUACUCGUGAUGCUGACAUCACCGCGCUAAUUAUUUUUUUCGUAUUAACUACAGUUUGACAGCACAGAACGUAUAAUUUUUGUAGACAUAAAAAACC